AUGUUUGGAUAUGAUAAGCUGUCCAACGAUCUAAUUCUUGUCGGCAAAGGAGACGGCGGGUUGGAGGAGCUGUACGAUGAGUUUAGUGAAAGCAAAAUACUGUAUGCAUUCUGCGAAGCCAAGGACAACAAUGCACAAGUCAGUCGGUAUAUACUCAUUAAUUGGCAAGGCGAAUGCGCACCAAUGCAGCGGCUUGGUGUUUGUAUGAACCAUUUUGCAGAUGUUUGCAGCUUCUUCAAGGGUGCAAAUGUUAAAAUUAAUGCCAGAAAUGAAGAAGAAGUAUCUCCAAGUGUUCUCAUGGAACACGUUUCCAAGUUAACCUCUCGUAUUAAAAUUGACAAAACUAACGAGGCACCACCUGAAAAUGACCGGAAGCCUGUUGGAACAAACUACAAGCGAAUAGUGCCCCAGAAUGAAAUUUCUAAAAAAGAUCGCGAAACAUUUUGGCAGAAACAGAAGCAGGAAGAGGAGGAAAGACUAACAGAAAAGAAAAAACUAGAUUCGCAGAUGAAAUUAGAGAGGUCUCAAGUUUCGCGCGAUGAUACAGCGAGUGAUUCUAGUAAGGAGCCAAAAAACAAUUCCAGUGCACAAGUCCGAAAAGAGAGACUGGAAGAGGCAAAAUCAGUAUCAAAGAACAGUGUCAACAGCGCCAAAGCCUUUUUUGAGCAAAAUUCGGCAGCUUCGCAAAUUAGCCAUAAGCAGGAGAAGGUGAUUAGCAUUAGAGAGGCGACUGCCUCGCCCCCACAACGCAGCAAUGGUCAGCUAAAUGGUAACAACACUAACUACCAAAAAGAGGAGGAAAUUGAUGAUAUAGCCGAGAAAGCUAUUGAAGAGGAAGAAGAUCAGGAUAAGGGAGUGGAAGCCUCUUCUCCGGAUGAGAUUGUCUACCAUGGAAAUAACGAUGAGGAUGAGGAUCAACAGUAUUCUCUGCAAUCGACCAACUUUCAGCCUCAAUACAACAAUAACUUUUAUUCGGAGCCUCGAACACUGGAAAAUAUUGAAGAGGAGCAAGUUACUGAAGAGGGCGAAGUUCUGCCUAGCAAAGAUGACGCUCAGUCGCAAGGACUCUGUGCUCGUGCUCUUUUCGACUACCAAGCUGCUGACGACACUGAAAUAUCCUUUGAUCCCGAAGAUGUAAUUACACACAUUGAAGUGGUAGACCCGGGCUGGUGGCAGGGUCUAUGCCAUGGAACCUACGGCCUUUUUCCAGCNCUCCCCUGA